AUGAGCACCAAAUUUCCAAAAAGCAAGAGGCAACGUCUUCAUCAUCAACGACAAUUUCGGUUGUAUAUUGGCAACGGCAAUUGGGUCACUCUACCCAACACCGUAACAAAUGAUUUGCUUGAUAUUUACGAACGAGGUGUUGCUGCUCGAUACCAUGUUGCCCCAGGUCUUGCUUUCGAUAUCAUUCCCAACGACAUGGAUUGUAAUAGUAGAAAUGCCAGCUUGCCAAAAUUGAUGCGCGUAGAUCUUUGUUAUGAAGGUGCUGAUGACAUUAAUACGGUACAAGAACGUCUUUCUUUAUGGGUGAAGCAUGUAUUGGAAGCACAAGGCACAGUGGAUGCAUUUCCUCCACCAACAAUAAACCCCUCCUCUUCGGACCGAAAAGAAGAUAAUGGGCCGCCUACACUGCCACGUGUCAUGUCCUUGGAUCCUCAUCGUCAUUUACACCUCGUGCCUUCAUUGCCUCUUUCUGUUGCUGGUCGACGUAAGACACCCAUAGCACAAACACCCACCACCACGUGUGAUAGUACAUCACCAUCCCAAUCUCACCCCAUCCAAUCAUUGACAACAACCAGUGAUCAUAACCCUGUUUCUUCUCGACAUCAUAUCACAACAACCACACAAUCAAGCAAGCGAAUCCGCAUUCGACAACGUCAACAAUCACCCUCUUGUUCUUUAUCCACAAGUUCAUUCUAUUGGACCAACACGAAUUGUAAUGAUUCUGCAUUGCUUGCAUCCUACCGAGAACGACAACAAUUGGGAUCAUAUGAUGCUUUUUUGCAGAUGCCGCAUGGACCACCAUCAUCUUGGCACCCACUAGGUGACACAAUGUCAUUCUCUUCUUCCCACGACCGUCAUCUUGCUGAGGCAUAUCGAGGUGGUGGUAAUAGUAGUAGCGAUAUCAAUCUCUGUGAUGCUGUUCUUUCUUUUCCAAAUUGGCCCUUGCUUGGUACCGACAACAUGAAUCAACAGCAGCAUCAACAAGAGGCAAUUGUAAAUCAGCGGAGCCGACUUCAUCACAACCCAUUGUUGGCCCAUACACCACAAGAACCAGCAGCACAGCUCACCACAAUGUCAUCCUUGUCUCAAUCUCCUCCUCCUCCUGCAGUUUUCCUUUCCAAUGAUAACGGUGUUGUCGAGCAAUCUCUUCCCCAAAGCCCUGAGUUGCCCCAAUGUAGCAUGAAAGCAAAAGAAGCUGAACCCUGUACACGACUCUCGGAUACAGCUUGA